AUGAACACAACAAAACCCAGCAAACGCGCAACCCCGGACUCCCAAGAAGAAGAACUAGACACCUCAAUAACCUCAAUCCGCGCCGAAAUCCAAACCCUCCAAAAGCGCAAACGCCUCCUGACAUCCAGCCUAUUAACAACAACCCAAAUCCAAUCCCUCCUCCGCACUCCUCAAACCGAAUCCACAACCAACCUCGAACACCUCUCGCCACUAGUCCACGCCGCAGGCAAACACAACACCUCGAACCACCACCGCAUAGCCUUCGGCGCAACUACCUUCCCAUUCAAAGACCCAUCCCCUACAAUACACCCACAAAAUAAGAACCUCCUCGGUGUGCGCAUUGAUGUCUGCACGCGGAAUGGACGGUUCGCGAAGCCUUAUUAUGUCCUCCUUCGUUCGGAGAGAAGGCAUGAUGCUGGAAAGGAGAGUGGCAGGAGGUUGGGGGUCCAUCGGCAUACCGUGCCCUCGUUUAUCUCCGUUGCGAAGCUUGAGGAUGUUUAUCUGCCGCGGGCUCGCCGUCAUGAGGAAGGAGGAGAUGGGGAUACAUCCUCCGAGGACACCGCGCCAGCAAAGACAAGCAAGAAACUUCCCUCUACGCGCAAACAAGACCUAGGUGGAUUCGUGCGCGAAUUACGCCGGGAACUGGUCGCGUGGCAUAUGCGCGUCGACGCUAUUGACCUUCUACGCGAAUGGGUUGGGCUGGUCGAUUCAGAGGGACGGCCCAUAUCAACCGAGGAGGUAUCGCCUGAUCCGAGUACGGGCAUUGUGGGGUUAGCGGCUGUUCCGAUUGAGGCGCGGUAUGUGCGUGUUGAGUGGGAGGAUGGGCGUGUGGGACGGUUUAAGUUGUCUAAUGGUGGGAUUGUGGAGAGGGCUGUUGUUAUUGGGGAUGCUGGGCGUGAUAAGCGGACAGAGGAUUUAAUGACAGGGGGUGGAGGGAGGAUUGAAGGUAUUCUUGAUCGGUUGAGGGCUGGGUCUGCGGCUGGGUCACCGUCUUGA